UAUGCGUUCGCGCCCGCGCGCGUGCCUCUGUGUGUGUGUAUGUGUGUGUGCGCGCGCGCGUGUCGGAGAUUUUCACGCUGCCCGACAGUGCGGCCGCGCGGAACCUCACGAGCCACCGACAACCGAGCCGAGCGCGAGACCCGGCGGAGACACUAAAGAGGUGCAGGAGCGACAGGGUGAGGAGCCGCGUCCUCCCGGUCCGUGUGCGUCCAUGGCGGCGAAACUGAACCCGAACACACUGUACGUGCGCGAGCCGGAGCGGCCCGACGCGGGAGACGAGUCAUCAGACAGCGACGGGGAGCCGGAGGAGAGCUCACACAAACUCAUCCGCAAAGUGUCCACCUCAGGCCAGAUCCGCGCCAAGAAGAGUGUGAAGGAGGGCAUCCUCUUAAAGCAGACCAGCUCCUUUCAGAGAUGGAAGAGGAGGUACUUCAAACUAAGAGGCAGGACUCUUUACUAUGCCAAGGACUCAAAGUCCCUUAUCUUUGAUGAAGUUGACCUUUCUGAUGCCAGCGUGGCAGAGACAAGCACCAAGAACAUAAACAACAGCUUUACAGUGAUCACUCCUUUCCGUAAGUUGAUGCUAUGUGCGGAGAGCAGGAAAGAGAUGGAGGAUUGGAUCAGCGCUCUGAAGUCCGUACAGAAAUGGGAGACAUAUGAGGCCAGUCAGUUUAAUAUGGAACACUUCUCCGGGAUGCAUAAUUGGUAUGCAUGCUCUCAUGCUCGCCCUACAUUCUGUAACGUCUGCCGGGAGGCGCUGCCUGGAGUCACCUCUCACGGCUUGUCCUGUGAAGUGUGCAAGUUUAAAGCUCAUAAACGCUGUGCUGUCCGAUCCACCAACAACUGUAAGUGGACCACUCUGGCAUCCAUAGGAAAUGACAUCAUUGAGGAUGAAGAUGGGGUGUCCAUGCCUCACCAGUGGCUGGAGGGGAACCUGCCAGUCAGCGCCAAGUGUGUGGUGUGCGAUCGGACAUGCGGCAGUGUGCGAAGGCUGCAGGACUGGCGCUGUCUCUGGUGCAAAGCCAUCGUACACAGUAGCUGUAAGGAGCAGUUGGGGAAGGUGUGUCCGCUGGGUCAGUGUAAAGUGUCCAUCAUUCCUCCCACGGCUCUCAACAGCAUUGAUUCCGAUGGUUUCUGGAAAGCCACAAGUCCGUCCUGCUCCAGUCCUCUGCUGGUGUUGGUGAACAGUAAGAGUGGUGAUAACCAGGGAGUGAAGUUCCUCCGCAAGUUCAAACAGCUGCUCAACCCUGCACAGGUCUUUGACCUCAUGAAUGGAGGACCACAGCUGGGACUACGCCUAUUCCAGAAGUUUGUGACAUUCCGUAUCUUGGUAUGUGGGGGUGAUGGCAGUGUCGGUUGGGUUUUGUCUGAACUGGAUAAACUGGGACUGCACAAGCAGUGUCAGUUGGGUGUGCUUCCACUGGGCACAGGAAAUGACCUGGCGCGGGUGCUGGGUUGGGGGGGUUUGUGUGAUGAUGAUGCGCAGCUGCUUCAGAUCCUGGAAAAACUGGAGAGAGCUACUACCAAGAUGUUGGACAGAUGGAGUAUAAUGACGUAUGAAGUUCCCACCAAAUCUGCACCUGUUAUUGUUAAAGAGGACGAUCCGCUGGACUCUCCACUCCAGAUUACUCAUUAUGCUGACUCUGUCGCCUCUCAUCUGACCAAAAUCUUGGACUCAGAUAAACACAGUGAUGUCAUAUCCUCUGCGAAGUUUUUGUGUGGGACGGUCAAUGAGUUUGUAGCUGAGGUUGGAAAAGCCUAUGAGAAAGCCACUGAAAACAAGGAGGAGGCUGAUGCUAUGGCUAAAAAGUGUGCCAUGCUGAAUGAAAAGCUGGACUCUCUGGUGCGGGCACUGAGCGAGGAAGCUGAUGCUCAGCUAGUGCCUGCAGGCUCCCAGCCUCCUGAGCAGGAGAGCGAGUCAAGGAGCCCAGAUGCCCCCAGUGUCCCCAGACCCUUCCGAUCCAAAGAGCAGCUGAUGCUGAGAGCCAACAGCCUGAAGAAAGCACUGCGGCAGAUCAUAGAGCAGGCAGAGAAAGUGGUGGAUGAGCAGAACAGACACACCCAGGUGCAGAGGAUGUCUUCCUGCUCUUCACUAAAAAGAGGCAGCAGCGAGGACCUCAAGGACGCAGAGCCACGUCAAAGUGCCCUGAGUCCCAGCACCUCCAUAGUGCUGGAGAAAGCAGAGAGCUGCAAUAGCACCACAGCUUUUACUGAGGAGCAAUGCACGGAGAAGUGCGUGAUGAAUAACUACUUCGGAAUUGGCCUGGAUGCCAAAAUCUCUCUGGAGUUCAACAACAAGAGGGAUGAGCACCCAAAGAAGUGCAGCAGUCGCACGAAAAAUAUGAUGUGGUACGGCGUCCUGGGGACCAAAGAGCUUGUUCAGAAAACCUACAAGAAUCUGGAACAGAGAGUGCAACUGGAGUGUGAUGGUGUGCCCAUGUCUUUGCCCAGUCUGCAGGGUCUGGCUGUGCUCAACAUCCCUAGUUAUGCAGGGGGCAUAAACUUUUGGGGAGGCACCAAGGAGGAUAACAAUUUCGGCGCGCCAUCUUUUGAUGAUAAGAAGCUGGAGGUUGUGGCCGUGUUCGGCAGCAUGCAGAUGGCCAUGUCUCGUGUUAUUAACCUACAACAUCACCGCAUCACGCAGUGUCGGCAGGUAAAGAUCACUAUUAAAGGAGAUGAAGGUGUUCCAGUGCAGGUGGACGGAGAGGCCUGGAUCCAACCACCCGGCAUUGUUCAGAUCAUCCACAAGAAUCGUGCUCAGAUGCUUACCAGAGACCGGGCUUUUGAGAGCACACUGAAGUCGUGGGAGGAUAAGAGGAAGUAUGACAGCUGCCGCUCUGCUCGUCCACGUCUUAAUUCGCAGCAGUCCAUGGAAUACCUGACCGAGGAAGAGUGUGCACAGGUGCAACAACUCGGCCUGGUGGCUGACUCACUCAUCAACAGGAUACGGGACGUGGCUAAAACCCAUAAGGUGGUGGAACAGGAAUUGGCUCAUGCAGUAAAUGCUAGUGCUGCUGUCCUCACUGAGGCCUUUCCUUCUAAACCCUCCAGCCCAGAGCAGUGUCUGAGUCGCAGCACCGCUGUGGAGAUUGUCAACAGCAGUAAAGUGCUGCAGCAGGAGACUAAAAUGCUGUUAGAAGGGAAACUGCUGCAGUUGGAGGCCCCUCAGGAGGAAGAGCUGCUUUCCACGCUCAACUCUCUCAGUGCUGAGUUAAUCAAACUGGAGGACAUCCACUGGAUCUGUCCCAGCAUGCAUUGUGCCGAGGAGGACUCAUCCCGCACGAGUGCUAAGAGCAGCAGUAUGAAGCUGAAGAUCAUCCCCAAAGUAAAGAAGGAGAGAGAGAAGCUCCAUAAGCAGCGCUCCAACAGCUCGCUCUCAGCUGAGAGAUGGGGUGCGGAGGAGGUGGGCACGUGGCUGGAUUCGUUGGGGUUAGGGGAGUACAGGGAGAGGUUUGUGGCCCGGGACAUCCAGGGCUGGCAGCUGGCUCAGCUCCAGAGACAAGACCUGAAGGAUCUUGGGAUAUCAAAGGUGGGUCAUGUGAAACGGAUCCUGCAGGCAAUUGAAGAGCUGGAGGGUCUGCUGUAGUGGACACACCGCGCCACGGGAAGCUGCCUUUCACCAAGGAAAGGGUGUUCAGAGCUAUCUAUCACACACUGCAUGUGUGUGAGCAGCUGAGAGAGGCAUGGCAUCGCACUGCAUCGACGUUCCAGUUCCGUUCUCUGUCCAUCCUGUGCCUGCUGGUGCUCUUGGUGAUCAACAGACCCUGGGAGUACAUGACAGUACCCAGAGUCCUUUUCUGCAUUCUUUAUUCGUUUCUAUGGCCCGUAUGAUUUCCUGUGCUCUUUUUCUCACGCAUGAGACAAACCUUCCUUCUUUUAAUGAUUUCCUUUUUUUGGGGUCUGCUUUUAAAGCCAAUAAGUGCAAACUGGUAUUUCCAGGAAACUCUCCUUUCGAGUCAUCUGAACAAUGUUAAACGAACAAAUUUUAAAACGCAAAAAAAAAAAAAAGCAUCUGAAAUGUAUUGUGGAUUUGUAUUAGCUGUCAAAAUGCAAAUGUAAGAACUGCAUUCUGUCCGAUCCAGUCUCUAUGUAUUCAAAGACAGUUGGUAUUUCUGCAUGCCUUUUGCGUCCACGAUCCUCAAGCAGGAAAACAAAAGCUGGUAGAUUUUUUUUUUUAAAUGAAAUAGUCAGCCAGAUAGUGCUAUUGUGCCGCUCGUGUGCCAGGUGAGCUGUUGUUCUGCAAGCUAUAGUGAUGUACAUUUGUGCCAAGUUCCUCCACAAAUCGCAGUGGUUAGAGUGAGCUGGGGGUUUUUUGUCCUUCUUUUAAAAGAAAAAAAAAUGCAACGUCAUACAUUUCAGAAAGUGUUUUCUCUCAUUGCCUUGCACUUUAGUAAGGAAAACGGUCUUUAAAAAGCAAACUUGAAAGUGGCGUAUUGUAAAAAUUUCCUCAGUCGUUUUCAUCAUAUGAUGAGAAGUGUAUCCCUAUUUAUUGCAAACCUAUACAGAAUAAUAUAUUGUCAAACUAUGAAUGUUAAACCCAUGUGUCUGUCGUCAGAGUUAGCUCUCGUAAUCGUUCAGAAGAAUGACAUGUUCCUACAUGACAACGUGUGUAAUGGAAAUCAACUCCCACACAUUCAUUAUUAAGGCUUGAACUCUGAUCUUCAAGUUUCUCCGAAUGAAGCUGCAGCGAGGCCUCGAUGACUGCAGUAUAAGUGAUCCAGUUUAAGCUUUACACGUAACUGAGGAAAAGGGACAUCAUAAAGGAAUGAUAUUCUCCCGUUGAUCAAUGUGAGCCAAAGUGGAACAGUAUUUCAGUGCAGUGUUUUCAAAAGCUGAACUGUAAGAUUUGCACGUGUAUGAACAUGUUCUCCAAGAAAUGGCUCUCUGUUGUACUGUCAAUCAAAAUCCAGUGUCUUUUUUUUUUUUUGGUAUCCUUAAAGUGUCAAACUACUGACGGAGUUUUCAGGGACGAAGGAGAAGCCUGUGGAUCUGGAAGCCACACAAACCCUUUGAUUUCAGUUUCACUGUUGAAAAUAAGAAGGGGUUUAAAAAAGAAAAAGACUGCUCAGCUUUUUUGAUUAUUCCUAAUACAGCAUUGAUGAGACUACUGCUUACUGUUUACGCAAAGUGUGUAAAUUAACUUUAUUUAAGUUUUUUUUUUAAUGCCAUACGAGUUGCAGUUUACCUUCCAUGGCUGAGUUUGUCUCUUGGUUGUUAUCGCCUCUGAUCCAGGAUUGUUGCUGUUUAUUUGAAGCAAAAAUAAAGUUUGGCCAUCGCUGUU